AUGUCCGACUGGAAGGAGACCCUGGGACAGACUCACAAUGCUCUUGAGAGAUUACACAUUUCAUCUGGCCUGGGAAUGCUUUCGUAUCCCCCAGGAGGACCUGGACCACAUGGCUGGGGAGAGGACCAUCUGGGCUUCCUCACCCACUAUUUACUACAUGUUUCCUGUGUCAUUGUGUCAUUUAUUUCAGUCAACAUCUUGUUUAUGCUGAGCCCUUGCCCUGUCACUGCAGCUUCAACCAGAAGGUGUCACUCCAUCUAUAAGGGUUUCGCUCAGUGUCUGAUGGCUCUGGGCGAUAGUUUGACGGACAACGCCCGCAAGGAUGAGGACACACAUGAGAUACACUCCAUCUGCAGGUCAUGGGAUGAGUUCCAUGAUUGUGCCAACGUGGCGAUGGCUGGCUGUCCAGAAGAAGCAGCAGCUGUCUGGGAGUCUCUGCGUCAGGAGUCCAAGAAGAUGCAGUUCUCAGGGAACCUCUACGACAUGUGCUCCAACCGCAACAGCCAUCCAAUAGCUUCAGUCUCCCCACACGGCUCGCCCAACCAGGAAGAGAUCAACCAAGAGUCCCUAAGAGGGCGUGCCGGUCAUUUCUGCCCCCACUGUCUCAUGCUACUGUCUCCUCUGCUGCUGCUGCUGUUUUGGAUAUAA